AUGCCUCACCCCAAAAAUGCCGACUCCAGCUCGGGAACCGCACCAACUUCUAAGACCAGCAUUCCUCAAACUCCUAUCGGUAGACUUACGGCUCAGGAUUCUAACUCGUUCCACUCCAAUCUUUUGAAGCGAAAAAAUGUCUACAAUAUGGAGUCAAAGGCAGCAAAGGGUUUGAAAGGUGCAAAGUCGCACCAAGGAUUAGCGUUUCACCGUGAAGCCCUUAUAAUGCAAAGCAAUAUGAUGGAUGCUUUGGAAACGUAUCAUCUAAACGAAAGGCAGCUGCGCGACAUUAACGAUGGAUAUGCACAGAUCGGCAUCCAUCGCUUUCUGAAUGAACCCAACAACUCUGUUUUGUCGAGGACCAAUCCUCGUUUCUACAACACUGGCUUCGUUGAAUCACCGAGUCGUGACGCUACGAAUCCAACUUCCCCUCACAGCACUCUAUCAUCAUGGGUAGACGUUCCAAAAACCCCAACUCAUGACCAGGAUGAAGAGGUCGAGCUCCACUGUACUCAUAGUGACUUCUACAUCGUGGACGGGAAAGGCCUAUAA